AUGACGCUCAAGGACCAGUUCGAUGUCAAGGGCUACGACAGCACUCUGGGGUACGUUGGGCGCGCUUUCAAGCCUGCCCAACAAGAUUGCGUGUUAGUGUCGCUGUUAAAGGAGAUGGGUGCGAUUAUCGUUGCGAAAUCUAAUCUGCCACAGAGCAUCAUGUGGUGCGAAACCGAUAAUCCCUUGUGGGGCAUCACGGUUCAUCCAAAGAACCCCGACUUUACGUCUGGUGGCUCGACUGGGGGAGAGGCUACACUUCUAUCGCUGCAAGGUACUGUGGUCGGCUGGGGCACGGACAUUGGAGGCAGUGUGCGGAUACCCUCUCACAUGGUAAGUUCUGAAUUACUUUCGCCCUAG